CAUUCUAAAUGCUUUUUCUUACAGUAUCCGAUGGUUACUCUUGUAGUGAACUUGAGAUCCCAUACACUGCGGGUAGAUCCACUCUCCUGACUAUAAAUGGCACAGUUGGAAAGACAAAAGUGUCUCAAGAAUACAAGGUCAUGACUUCUGAAAUUUCCCAGAUUUUCAUCCUGACUGAGAAGUAUAGCUACCUUCCUGGUCAGCUGGUACAGUUCCGAGUCCUGACCUUGAUUGGCAGCCAAGACUCCAUCUUGUACGAUCCAUUGGCAAGUGUUCAGGUCCGAUCACCGUCUACACACCUCUUGGCUGAAUGGACGGCAGUGCCCAAUCCUGAUGGACUCCUGCAGUUCAGCUUCCAGUUGGCUGAGGAAGUGGAGGAGGGUUUGUAUGGCAUUACUGUAAAAAUCAAAGGGUUACAGAGUCAGUAUCAGCAAUUCUCCGUCAACCCUGAAAUAUUGCCAAGAUUUGCGGUAACCCUCGAUGUACAGUCUCAUGUGCUGGGGACUGCUACUGAGAUACCGUUCAACGUCUGCGGAAAGUAUGGAAUGUCAAAGUUAUUCUUGUAAUGGCAAUCUUACGCCAGUGUAUAAGGUAGAAUAGGUAUACUAUAGAGGAUAAGCUGUUUUAAAAGAUUUUACAAACUCAACAAGGUGAAUAAUAUCAAGUACCUAUUACCACUUCUUGAUAUUAGAGCAUUAUUUCACCUAGUUAUUUU